AUGUCCGCCAUCAACCCCGCAACAGGGGAACCUCUCCCCGCAGAUGCCCUCCAACGAGUCCUCUUCGUCACUCGCCUCGUCCAUGUCUACUCUGUACCUCCUUUGACGUCAAUGAAAGGUUACUCCGCCGCCGAAUGGACCGUGCCAAACCCUCAAACUGGGCAAACCCGUCAGAUCUUUUCCUCUCGUCUCCGAAUUCUGGAGACUGCCAUUCACGAUAAAGUCGGCGCCGAUAUCUUGCUAGAGGAUCCUCAAAAUGGGAGUUUAUUUGCUGCUGCACCCCUGACGGAUGCAAACUCGGUGGAUUAUGUGACUGAUUCGUCUCGGUUUUUUGUGUUGCGGGUUGUCGGGGAAGGGAGGAAAGCGCUGUUGGGAAUUGGAUUCGAGGAGCGGAGUGAUGCGUUUGAUUUUGGGGUUGCGUUGCAGGAAGCUAAGAAGAUAUUGGGUAUAAGGGACGGAACCUCUUCGGAUCAACAGACACCGACGCAAUCUUCAUGGCAAGGGAAUAAUUCCUUAUCAUCUUCGUCCGUAUCCGAGGAUAGCUCCACGAGUGCAACGCUCAAAGAUUAUAGCCUGAAACCCGGCCAAACAAUAAGCAUCAACAGUUCCCGACGACGCCCAGCACCCACAACGGCUUCCCAUCUGGAAUCAGCAAGAGAUGAAGAGCAGGCUCUAUUCUCUAUCCCACCACCUCCGCCACCCGGUGCAGCCGCUUCUUUUAUUAAUACAACAUCCACGACUGACCAACCCGGUCGGCGGAAAAGACCUACGUCGGCGAUUAUUGCGGCAGAUAGUAAACCGUUUCUCGGAUUUGAUGAUUCUGCUACUUUUGAUUGA